AUGAAGAUUUCCUCAGGCGCCGUUCCGGUAUACACCAUCAGUGGCAGCGAGGCGCGCCCGCUGCCCGAGUGGCUUAUUCGGAAAAGAAAGCGCAGCUUGAAGAACGACCCCGAAUUCGCCAACCGCGUCGACCUGCUGCAAGAUUUCGAGUUUGAGGAAGCCAGCCAGUGUGUCCGUGUGAGCGAAGAUGGCGACUGGGUCAUGAGCACGGGCACAUAUAAGCCUCAAAUACACGUUCACUACCUGCCCCAUUUGUCGCUGUCAUUCGCAAGACACACCAACACUCUUAACCAAACUUUCCACCUCCUCUCCUCCGACGCCAAAAAGAGCGUACAUCUCCAGCAAGAUCGAUGCAUAGAAUUCCACACCGGUGGAGGCCUCCACUAUGCGAGUCGCAUACCACGUUACGGUCGCGAUCUUAUCUACGACCGGAGAUCAGCAGAGUGCCUGGUACCCGCGGUCGGUGUCAAUGCUGACGGCAUGGGCGAGGCCUUCAGAUUGAACCUGGAAGUCGGGCGCUUCAUGCGGAGUUACGAGAUUGACGUGGGUGGUGACGAUGUGACGACAGUAGGCGGCGGCGCUCUCCAGGGUGGCAUUGGUGCGGGCGCAGUGAACACCGGUGCUAUCGCCGAACAUUCGCAUGGUCUCCUCGCCUUCGGAACCUCUAUCGGCACAGUUGAGUACUGGGACUCGCGAUCAAGAAACAGAGUGGGCAUUCUUUCGGCGCCUCCAGAUGCGUUUGAGGGAAAGUCGGAAAUCACAGCGGUGACCUUCCCGUCGUCGGGUCUGGAAGUUGCCGUGGGAGACUCUAACGGCAUUGUACAACUCUAUGAUCUCCGAUCACCAAAGCCACUUCUACGAAAAGACCAAGGAUACGGCUACCCGAUAAAGAACAUCAUCUACCUCGACGGCGCGCAAACCGCCGAGCCCAAGAUUUUGACCGCAGACAAGAGGGUCAUCAAGAUCUGGGAUCCCAAGGACGGUACACCAUGGACCUCAGUGGAACCAUCAGUAGACCUCAACCACGUCGAAUGGGUGCCAAAGACUGGUAUGCUCCUGACGGCAAAUGAGGGCAGGCAACAACAUUCCUUCUUCAUUCCACAGCUCGGUCCAGCGCCAAGAUGGUGCUCCUUCCUCGACAACAUUGUCGAAGAAAUGGCCGAAGACCCCAACGACCCCAACGCUUUCGGCAAGGGCGCAUCUGGAGAUGUAUACGACAACUUCAAGUUCCUGACACACGAGCAGCUGAAGCAGCUAUCAUUGGACCACCUUGUCGGAACCACAAGUCUACUGCGACCCUACAUGCACGGUUUCUUCGUCGCCCAGAAGCUGUACGAAGAAGCGCGCCUCAUCUCGAACCCAGACCUCUGGCAAGAACAACGCGCCAAGAGCAUCGCCGAGAAGAUCAGCAAAGAGCGCGAGUCCCGAAUCCGCGGCAACAAAAAAGUGGCCGUCAAAGUCAACCGAAAGCUCGCAGAAAAGAUGCUGGAAAAGCAAGAAGAGCAAGCGCGCCGGCAAGCCAAACGCGUCCUCAAGCAAGGCGGCGACGACGACAUGCUCGACGCCACCAGCACCGCACCCGCCGUCUCCGAACCCACCAAACCCGCCGACGGCGUCCUCAACGACCCUCGUUUCGCCAAAAUGUUCGAAGACCCCGAAUUCGAAAUCGACGAGCAAACCCGCGAGUUCCAACAGCUCAAUCCCAGCACCAAGAUCCCCAAGGGCCUCACCGCCGCCGAGCAAGAAGACCUCGAAUCAAGAAAAGGUUCUUCCGAUUCAGACUCUUCAGACUCUGAAAAGGACGCCGUGCGUCCGGCGAAGAAACCACAACAGCAGAAGGAAAAACAAGACAACUCGCGUAUUUCAUCCAGUGCCUACCGCAAAGCAGGUCAUCGCUCGCAGCGCGCUGGCCCCGAAAUGGUUGUUUCGUCGUCGAACCAACGGAAAUCGGGGUCGUCUGCGAUGGCGAAAGACAAGACGUUUGGUUCGCGCGUGUCUAAGCUCAAGGAUAGGAAACCGGCCAAGUCGGCGAGUAACACGACGGUCGUGGGUGAGCGGGAGAUUACGUUUGCGCCGGAGAAGAAGCAGAGGAAGAGGCCCGAGCAGGAGGGGCAGAGGCAUGAUCGGAGGAAGGAGGGUGGGAGGAGGAAUGCUAGUAACAAUGUUUUUAGGAAUAUGUAG